ACUCAAUGUUUUUCAUUCAUUUAUUCCAUCAGCUCGUGCGAGGGACGAAACAGGUGUAAUUUAUCGAUUUAUGAAUGAUUAGUUGUCAGUAUAUACUACCAGAUUUUAUUCUGUAUCCUUUAGAAAUUGUUGUAGUAUAGAAAGUGUUUUAAAUUAGCGCUAUGGCUAAUCGUUUAGAUAUAGUUAUUUUUGGUGCAACUGGUUUUACAGGGCUUCACUGUAUUCCCUAUGUUGCAAAAUUAUCAAAGGCAAACGGUAGGAAUUUAAGUUGGGGAGUUGCAGGUAGAUCAGAAGAAAAACUUAAAAAAACACUGAAAGAACUAGGAGAAAAAAAUGGGGAUAAUUUUGAUUCCAUACCUAUCAUUACUGCUGAUAUUCAGGAUAAAGAUUCCAUAGUAAACAUGGCAAAGAAAGCCAAAUUAGUAAUUAACUGUUGUGGUCCUUAUCGCUUUUUUGGAGAACCUGUGGUAAAGGCUUGUAUUGAGGCUGGUGCCCACCACGUUGACGUGAGUGGUGAACCAGAAUAUAUGGAAAAGGUUCAACUCGAACAUCACGAAGCGGCUGUCGAAAAAGGCGUUUAUGCUAUCAGUGCCUGUGGUUUAGACAGUAUUCCAUCUGAUCUGGGUGUUGCAUUUGUGCAACAAAACUUUGAAGGAACCUUAAAUUCCGUUGAAACGUAUCUCAGAGGUUGGACAGAGGGUGAUGUUAAAGGGCCAUUGAUCAAUUAUGGGACUUGGGACAGUGCAGUACAUGGCUUGGAAAAUCAACAUAAAUUAAAGACUGUUAGGUCAAAACUUUUUGAAAAACUAAAAAAGGUACCAUCCUUUUCCCCAAAACUGAAAGUAAAGCUCUACCCUCAUAAAUCAGAGCAUGCCAAUGGUUGGGUCCUGCCAUUUUUAGGCUCAGAUCAAUCUGUUAUUCGAAGAUCACAGAAUUAUUUCUAUCACUAUGAAAAUCAACGUCCUGUUCAGGUCGGAACUUACUUUACUGUGUCAUCUACCCUAGCCUUAAUUGGUAUCCUUUUCUAUGCAGUUAUAUUUGCGAUUCUAUCUCGCUUUAGUUUUGGUCGCAAGUUGCUUCUCAAUUAUCCAGAACUAUUCAGUGGGGGAUUUUUUAGUAAAGAACAACCAAAAGAGGAAACAAUUCAAAAUACAUGGUUCAGCAUUGAUUUUUAUGGAGAAGGAUGGAAAGAAAAAUUGGCAAAUAAAGAUGAUCAGUAUGUAACUCCAGUUGAUCGUCAGAUAGUAGGUCAAGUAAAAGGCCAAAAUCCAGGAUAUGGAUCAACUUGUCUUCUCUUAACUUUGGCCGGUAUUAUUAUUUUGACUGAAAAAGAGAAAUUACCAAAUAAUGGCAGGGGAGGAAUUUAUCCACCUGGUGCAACCUUUGCCAAAACUUCCCUAGUUAAGCAACUAAACGAGAAUGGAUUGACCUUUAAAAUAGUGUCGCAAAAUGACAUCUAAAUUACCAGUCAUUAUUAUUAGUUGUUUUGCAUUUAUUUAUGUUAGUUUAUAUUUAAUAUAUGUAUGUGUUUCUAACAUUGUUACAUUUGGCAGAUGUGCUUUAUUAAUGUUUAGAUAUUUAACUUUUGUAUUAAUAAACAAUUAUUUUCCCUA